AUGACUGUAGAGAAGUUAAUAAGUUUAGCAUUAUGUUCCUUGGGGUUAUUUAAAUCUAUUCAACCCCAUUGGUUAUAUUUUGAUCAGUAUGUGUAUACAAAAUAUCCAAAUGUGACAAGUGAUGAACUUUUGCAGGAAAUUAUACCAGCUCGAGACUAUUCUGCCUUAAUUCUUGUACCCUUCAUUAUAGCUGGAACAGAUUAUUUAAAGUAUAAACCCAUUAUUAUUCUACAAGGUUUCUUUUCUGUGAUUCUAUGUUCCUUGUUAAUUUGGCACAAAAAAGUCCUUUCACUUAUAGUAUCUCAGGUUUUCAGAGGCUUUAUUCUAUCCACUGAUGUAGCUUUCUAUGCAUAUAUUUUUGCAAUUGUAACCACUGAGAAUUAUAAGUUGAAUGUGUGUAUGACUCAAGCGUCGGUUCUCUUUGGAAAAUUCUUAGGCCUUUUAUUAGCCCUGUUGCUAGUUGUGUUAGAAAUUACCUCCAAUUUAGACACUAUAAAUUAUAUCACCCUUGCUUUCUCUCUGGUGUCAUUAAUAGUUACCAUUCUUCUGCCACAUGUCAAGCCCAGAAUCCCAACUCAAAGGGAGAUAAUUGAGAGAGAGUUGAGAACACCAAAAAGGUUAAAAUCAUCGUCACUAGUAAGAGAGAAGAUGGAUAAGUUUGUAAAAGAUAUACAGAAAGUAUACAGUGAAAUAACAGUGAUAUUAUGGUCUAUCUGGAUGGUUAUAAGUGGUUGCUGUUAUUUUAUUCUUGAAGAUAAAUUUAGCGAGUUAUUAGAUGAAGCCACGCCUGGAAGACCUGAUGCCUUAUCUUACGAUGCUGGGACUGUUACACUCGCCACUGUUUUAGGUAUUAUACCAAUAUUAGUGUAUGGUUUAAUAAAAGGAACGUGUAAUAUCUACAGUGAACCUGUAUUAUUAGUACUAUCUUUAUUACAAUGUAUAUUGGUAUUAUUACUAUCUACCAGUCAUAAUAUAUGGUUAAUAUACACCACCUAUACCUUAUCGUAUAUUGUAUAUCAACUAGGAUUUGUCUUAGCCAUAUUUUUGAUUGGAAAUAUACUACAAGCUAGAAGAUAUGGGUUUGUUUUCGGAAUUAAUUUAUUAGUAUCUAUGGUUGUUAAGUUGGUAUUGGGUGUAAUAAUUGGAAACCAUGCUUUAAAUUUACCACCUUCCUCUCAGGUAGGUAUACUAGUUUCUUAG